GUAGCCAAUCAAGUGUUCCAUCCAGUGAUGUUUGACAAAUGCGUUCAGAUUCUAAAGAAGAGCUGGCCCCAGGAGUCUAACUUGAAUCGUAAAAGAAAGAAAGAACAACCUAAGAGCUCUCAGGGUAACCCAAGAGGGAACAGAAAAAGAGUAAAACCACGGAGAAGAGAGGAUAUUGAGAUGGAUAUAAUUUUACAAGAACAAGAGGAGGAGGAGGAUAUUUGUUUUUCUGCCCGGGACCUUUCUCAUAUUCGAAAUGGCAUCUUCUGCCUUUUCAAGAAUUUCUUAAGGCUUCUGCCCAAGUUUUCACUCAAAGAAAAGCCACAAUGUGUUCAGAAUUGUGUAGAGAUCUUUGUUGCAUUAACUAAUUUUGAGCAAGUAUAUGAUGAAGUUCAUGUUUCACAAAUCAGAAACCUCAUGGAAGCAAAAUACAUUCCAGAACUUGCCUAUCAUGGAUUGUACUUGCUGUGCUCCCCGAUCCACGAAGAAGGAAAUAAUAAGGUUAUCAGUUAUAUUUUUCAUCAAAUGCUGAAUGUGAUAUUAAUGUUAGAAGGUGGAGAAGGAUCUCAUCGCACCACCCUUAAUAUUACUUCACAAGUCAUUAAUAGUAGAAACCAAGCAGUACAGUUUAUCAGCUUGCUUGUGGAUGAGCUAAAAGAAAGCAUAUUCCCUAUUCUUCGUAUCUUACUCCAGCAUAUAUGUGCCAAGGUGGUCGAUAAAUCAGAGUAUCGAACCCAUGCAGCCCAGUCUCUGGUGCAGUUGCUCGAUAAACUUCCACCUGCGGAAUAUGCUGCAUUUAUUACCUGGCUUUACAAAUAUUCACGGAGUUCCAAGAUCCCACACCGAGUGUUUACUCUUGAUGUUGCAGUAGCGCUGAUACAAUUGCCAGAAAGAGAGGUGGAUAACAAGCUGUCCUUGGAGCGUCAGAAGUUCUUGACGCAUAAAUUCUUAGUACAGGAAAUUAUAUUGGACCGUUGUUUAGACAAGGCACCUACUGUCCGCAGUAAGGCAUUAUCUAGUUUUGCACAUUGUUUGGAGUUGUCUGUUGCCAACACAUCGGAGAGUGUACUGGAACUUCUCAUUAACAGUCUUUUAGUUUCAGGAACAGAGAGUCACCCUGGUACCGUGUUCAGAAACUCAUCAGGUUUUUCCUUUCAGCGGCAGCCCUCUGAGCCUUCUGGAGGCUCACAGGUGGCCAUUGCAGGCAAGAGCAUUACCACCGAGGAAUCGCAGGCAGAGAGAUGUGUCAUGGCAAUGCUGAGGAAGAGACUCAGGGAUGAGAAGACCAAUGUUAGGAAAUCUGCACUCCAGGUGUUAGUGAGCAUUUUGAAGCACUGUGAAAUAUCAGGUAUGACGGAAGACCUAUUGAUUCUGCAGGACCAGUGUCGAGACCCUGCAGUGUCUGUCCGGAAGCAGGCCCUGCAGUCCCUUACUGACCUUCUUGUGGCCCAACCUAGAUGUGUCCCGAUACAGAAAGCCUGGCUGACAGGGAUCAUCCCUGUGGUGAUGGACUGUGAGAGCACUGUGCAGGAGAAGGCGCUGGAAUGCCUGGACCAACUCCUGCUGCAGAACAUUAAGCAUUACAAUAGAUUUCACAGUGGCGACGACAGCCAGGUGCUAGCCUGGACACUUCUUCCUCUCCUCACUGCAGAAAGCCAGGAACUAAGUCGUUAUUUAAAUAAGGCUUUUCUUAUCUGGUCCAAGAAAGAUAAGUUCUCACCUACUUUUAUAAACAAUUUGAUAUCCCACACUGGCACAGAACAUUCUGCACCAGCUUGGAUGCUGCUCUCCAAGAUUGCUUGCUCAUCACCCAAGUUGGACUACACCAAAAUUAUCGAGUGCUGGGAGAAAAUCAGCAGUCAAAAGAAUCCCAAUUCAAAUACCCUGGGACAUAUUCUGUGUGUUCUCGGGCAUAUUGCGAAGCAUCUUCCGAAGAGCACCCGGGACAAAGUGACUGAUGUUAUCAAGUGUAAGCUGAGUGGCUUUCAGUGGUCGUUCGAGGUGAUCAGUGCAGCUGUGGAUACGUUGCAAGGACUCUGCAGAGCAUCUGCACAGACAUCGGUAGAGGAACGGGAACUGCUGGGGCAGGCGUGCGUGGAGGUCCUCUCCACCUGUGAGAACUGCCUCUCCAACAUAGUGAUGAAGGAAGAUGGAGCAGGAAACCUGGAUGAAAACUUGUUGGUGAAAUGCAUUUUUACUUUAGGAGACAUAGCCCAAUUGUGUCCAGCCAAAGUGGAGAAGCGAGUCUUCCUUCUGAUUCAGUCCAUUCUGGCCGCUUCUGCUGAUGCAAAUCACCUGACGUCAUCUCAGAGUAGCAGUGAAGGUCCGGCCUCGCAACUACUUUCCCCGUUCAGAGGCGCUGCCAUGCCUCCCAUGAUUCGAGCACACGCAAUCAUCACCUUAGGCAAGUUGUGCUUACAGCACGAGGACCUGGCAAAGAGGAGCUUCCCAACUCUCGUGCAGGAGCUCGAGGUGUGCAGUGACGUGGCUGUCCGCAACAAUGUCAUCAUUGUCAUGUGUGAUCUCUGCAUCCGGUAUACUGUCAUGGUGGACAGAUAUAUUCCCAAUAUUUCCGUAUGUCUGAAGGACUCAGAUCCAUUCAUCCGAAAGCAAACGCUCAUCUUACUUACCAAUCUCUUACAGGAGGAGUUUGUGAAGUGGAAGGACUCUCUGUUCUUCAGAUUUGUCAGCACUCUCACCGAUUCACACCCAGAUAUCGCCAGUUUUGGGGAAUUUUGCCUGGUUCACCUGUUACUGAAGAGGAAUCCUGUCAUGUUCUUCCAGCACUUCAUUGAGUGUAUUUUCCACUUCAAUAACUAUGAACAUCAUGAGAAGUAUAAUAAAUUCCCCCAGUCAGAAAGAGAGAAGCGGCUUUUUUCACUGAAGGGAAAGACAAACAAAGAGAAACGAAUGAAAAUCUACAAGUUUCUUCUAGAGCACUUCACAGAUGAACAGAGAUUCAAUAUCACGUCUAAAAUCUGCCUUAAUAUUUUGGCGUCCUUUGUGGAUGGCGUCCUUCCCUUGGAUAUGGAAGCCAACGAGCUACUCUCAGAUACCUUUGAAGUCCUCAGCUCAAAGGAGAUCAAGCUUUUGGCAAUGAGGUCAAAGCCAGACAAAGACGUCCUGACAGAAGAAGACGACAUGGCUUUGGCCAAUGUAGUUAUGCAGGAAGCACAGAAAAAGCUCAUCUCACAAGUUCAGAAGAGGAAUUUUAUAGAGAAUAUUAUUCCAGUCAUCAUCUCCCUUAAGACUCUGCUGGAGAAAAGUAAGAUCCCAGCGUUGAAGGAACUCAUGGCUUAUCUCCGGGAGGUGAUGCAGGACUAUCGGGAUGAGAUCAAGGACUUCUUUGCAGUUGACAAGCAGCUGGCAUCAGAGCUGGAGUAUGACAUGAAAAAGUACAGCGAGCAGCUAGCCCAGGAGCAGGAGCUGGCAGUGCAGCCAGAUGUGACCAGGACCGCAGAAGGGACCAGCGUAGUACCAGCAGGGCAGGUUGCUCCAAGUUUAGACUUACUGCCAGCUCCUGCUACCCUAGAAAAUGAAGCUGUGGCCCCUGAUGGAAGCCUUCCUGCAGCCCCCAGAUUAAGCACUGGCAGAGCACCUACUUUGCCUUCUUCACCUGACCCUCCACCGUUUAAGAUGUUACUAUCCAAAGCCAGACCCAUGUCCCUGAGCACUAUCGCAAUCCUGAACUCGGUCAAGAAAGCUGUGGAGUCGAAUAACCGGCACAAGAGCCAGAGCUUAGGAGUGGUACCUUUUACUUUGAAUUCCAGAAGUUCGGAAAAGAACAACGAGCAGGGUAUGCCUGUGGGUUGGCGCCAGAAGGACUCCACAUACAGCCUGAACCAAGAGACUCGUGGCUCUAUUGACCAUGUGAACAAACGAGCAAUCAGCACCCCAGACCGGACCAUCAGUGAGAUCUCCUUUGGAGCAGGGGUCAGUUACAUCAGCAUACCCAGGACUCCUUUUGCACACAAAGAGAAAAAUGAAGCCCAGAGUCAAGGGACCGACAUACUGUGUUUAUCUUUGCCUGAUAAGCCGCCUCCCCAGCCUCAGCCAUGGAACGUGAAGUCUCCGGCCAGAAAUAAAGACAAUCCAGCCCCCAGUAGGAGAUCCCUCCGAAUGACCCCCCUGAAAACAGCCAACUGAAGGGUGUGGCAGGAAGGACUUGCUGGAUGCGUGUGGAAGGCACUGCCUCUCUCCCCUUGAAUCCAUCCCAGUGGUGCUUUCCAUCUCGGAAUGCCAAAGCCCUUCUUUCGGAUUCCAGCCCUGCGACGUACCACACAGUUUUAAUCUUUCUUAUUUCUUGUUCUGAAACGUGGUUAAAAGAUUGUAGAAUAAUGUAAGUGUCAGACUUAAGACUUCCUUAUGGCUAACCUUUAGCUAUUUAAUAUUAUAACUUUAUUCCAUUUGAAAGUGUCAUGUGAAUUCUGAUAAGCUAUAUCCCAUUAAUAAAGAUCAAGCAAUAAAAACAGC